ACAUCGUCAGUAGCCAGCCGCAGGUGCCAAGCGCUACACAAAAUCUCGCAAACCUGAGUGAUUAACCAGGAAAUAAUCACUCGCCACGUGGAUCAUCCUAUUCCGCUCCUUAAUAGAGGCGCCUUUGCGCAUUAUCCAUUCACAACCUACCUUCCGAUAUCUCCAUGAAAUGACAACACGGUGGCCGAGCAGCGGGCUAGGCGCUGUCUCGAACGUUCAGCGAUUCUAUUACGUCGAAGCCCGCUUCACAGUCGCGCGCUUAAACAUCCGUCACUAUUCCAGCCGACCCAGCGACGACAACAACAACAACAAACUCACAUCAUCACCUACCACAGUCGAGAAGCCCGAAAAGGCUGCCCUCCUCGCCGUCACCAAUCCUCGACAUGGUCUGAUCGAUGCCAUCAAUCCACCUCGGAGCACCGUCCCGCCUGUCCUCAAGCUUCCCACCCGCGGCCCGGAGAACAUCGCACUUCACCUCUACCGUACCGGCAAGGCAUAUGGCGGCUUCUACUUCACCGGCGUGAAAUCAGUAUGGUUCAAUCGGAAAGCUUCGCAGGUGAUCCGGGCGCGAUUGGGCAAGGAUGGGAAUGGCGGACAGGAUGAACCGUCCAUGGUGGUGCAAUCGCUCUCGCGGUCCGAGUUCCAGAUCCUGGCGCGCAACAAGCAUGACAUCGGAAAGCUCCCCCUGUUCUCGGUGCUCGUCGCCUUGCUCGGCGAGUGGCUGCCGCUCUUUGUUCCCUUCAUGCCCGGCGUCGUCCCGGGGACGUGUCGCAUCCCGAAGCAGAUCACCGGCAUGAGAGAAAAGGCGGAACAACGCAGGAGGACGAGUUUCCGGACAGGGACGACCGAGCCUCGCCAGGCUGAUCUCGUGGAGGCUUCUGUGAAAUCGGAAUCAUCGGUCAAGAAAGGAGACGCAUGGCCGAUCUGCAGCCAGCCGCAUGCUACGGCACUCCUGGGAAAGCUGGAAUGGCCACAGCUGUUUCAUCUGUCCAACACCCUCAAUGUCCACAGUCGUCUCUGGGACAGACUGGCCAUCCCGCCUCCGACAUCACUCCUGAGACGAGGCGUCGGAAAGCGUCUCGCGUACAUCUGCACCGACGAUGUACUCCUGCUCAAGCACGGUGACGUGACCAAAUUGCUCCCCGAGGAAGUCCUCAUCGCAUGCGAGGAACGCGGCAUCGACGUCAACGGUCGACGUGGGGAAGUCCUGCGUGAGGAUUUGAAGAGGUGGCUACAAGCCCAGCGUCGCGAACAAGGCCUCGCGAUCUUCCGAAUGCUCUUCCGCCGACCAAACGCCUGGGAUACGCCGACACCCUCGAGUCGGUGAACGACAGUUCAUGAGGCGCGCGCGCACAAUCGACAAAGUUCGCCUAGGAUACACAUACUGGCGACCUCUAGAGAGGAGAGAUCCCUCCACACCUACUGUACAACGAAAGAGAUUAGACAAAUCAUCCCCCAAAACACUGUACUAAUACGAGUCAUCCUCACACGUAAUCGCAUGGCUCUCUGCUCUCUGCUAUGAACGGAUCAUAUUGCGAGUUGCCGAAGGAAGCAGUACUUUUCAACAUCAGUAAAUCCACCAAUGUAAUGUCUCCUGCCCACGCGUCCGAGGAAAAGAGAAAAGACCUCUAUCAUCAGUGUUGUACGGUUCCCACUGUGACUCUCUCUCUCUCUCUCUCAAUUAUGACUCUCUUCCCAAU